AUGAAGGCUCCUCCAAGCAAGCGGGAGGCUAAGGCCGCUCUCCGAGAGGCCCUGAAGAAGAAGAAGGCCGUGGAUCGUUUAAAGAAGGAGAUCAAGCCUUUGGCACAGAAGCUCAAGGCAAAACGGGAGGAGCUACGACUCGCAGAUCAGGAGUUGGAGAAGCUGAGUGCAGCCGCUAACAAGCUGGGAAAGGCUAUAGAGAAGGAGACGAAAUCAAAGGAGCUCCGACGAAAGAAGCGUGCCCGGGUCAUCAAGAAAAAUGCCGGCGAGCGGGUGCGGAGCUUGCGGGAGAAGCUACAUGAAGCCAAGGCAGACAUAGCAAAGUUCAAAGCUGCAGAGGCACAGGCAAAGACGAAGCUCGCUGCUGCUCAAAAGGAGUACAAGCAGCUCCAAUCCAAGGGAGAUCAGUACAGUCACCAUGGCUUUAGUGCCAAGCGAGCCAUGGAGGCUGCCAAGGCAGACUUCGAGAAGGCCAAGCUCGGCUUGGCGCACGCCUCGGACGCCCGAGACCGCAACAAGCUCCGAGGAGGGCUUCGAGAAGUGCCGGGAGCAGCUGGAGACUGCGCAAGAGAAGAUCUCUCAGAUCAAGGAGAAGUCGCAGAAGCCCAGUGCCAGUGGUUCCACCAGCGCUGGUGGGAAGGUGAUGAAGCGUCCAGCGGCCCGAGCGGGAUAGCAAGCAUCCUGCGUAAGAUGUUCUGCCUGCACAUUGCGAACGGCCGUGCUCAUGGGUCUCAGCUCGCUGUACAGCUGUGCAAGAACACAGACUGA